AUGUUUAAUUUAAGCAAGAUGUAAUUUGGAAAGGAUUAUGAAGGCUAAUUGAGUGUUAGUAUUUUCUUUUAUCGAGUCUAAAAUUAUUAUUAUUUGAAUAUUGGUAUAUUAGAUAGUUUUCUUAGAUUUUGAAAAGAGAGAGAGUGGAAAAGCAGUUGAAAAUAAAGAGGAUGUGUAGAAAGGUAAGAAAGAUAGUUAUUUUAUAAAGAUAUUGAAAUAUAUAACAUAUAUGGAGAAUAAGAUACAAUAAAAAAUUAUUAAAAUAGGGUAUACAUUUAGAAUUAAUAUUUGAUGUAAUGA